UGCUCAUUGUCACAGGGACAUCGCCCUGAGCUGCACAGUUGGAGGGUGAGCAUGUUCCUGAUGACCUGAGCUCUGCAGGCCACAGGGACCCACAUCUUUCUGAAGCGUCUUCAGGGCCCAGGUGGCACUAUCCAUGGUGAGGACCCCAGGGAGGUGCUGAUGGACGGGCUGAGGAGGAAGGAGACCCCGUGGGGGAGGCUCUGACAGGGAAGGACGUGCCCUGGGUCACCUCACCUGCAAGGGGCCUCUCAAGAGGCUCCGGGUCUAUUUCCCGCUUCACCAUGGAAAUGAGAGCCAGGCUGUGCCCUCCCCUAUAGGCUGCUGACAUAACAACCCUGUGAUGCGAAGGAUCCGCCUGCAAGUGACCACCACCCGUGCAUCUCUGUGUCCAUCCUGCUGGUUCCGUGGCCUCCAUCUGCUCAGCUGAGGCCACAGGGAGAAGACGCCAUGACCCCCACCCUCAGGGUCCUGCUCUGCCUCGGGCUGAGUGUGGGCCUCAGGACCCCAGUGCAGGCAGGGCCCCUCCCCAAGCCCACCCUCUGGGCUGAACCAGGCCCUGUGAUCCCCCGGGGGAGCUCCAUUACCAUCUGGUGUGAGGGGACCCCAGGGGCUGAGGAGUACCAUCUGGAGAAAGAGGGAAGCCCAGCACCAUGGAAUAUACAGAAGCCACUGGAGCUUGCGGACAAGGCCAAGUUCUCCAUCACACACGUGACAGAGUAUCAUGCAGGGAGAUAUCAGUGUCACUACCUCAGCUCCAAAAGCAGGUCAGAGCGCAGUGCCCUCCUGGAGCUGGUGGUGACAGGAGCCUACCCCAAACCCAGCCUCUCCGCCCUGCCCAGCCCUGUUGUGCCCUCAGGAGGGAACGUGACCCUCCAGUGUGGCUCAGGGCAGAGAUUUGACAGGUUCCUUCUGACUGAGGAAGGAGAUCACAGGCUCUCCUGGGCCCUGGACUCACAGACACUGCCCACUGGACGGUCCCAAGCCCUGCUUCCUGUGGGCCCAGUGACCCGCAGCCACAGGGGGACGUUCAGAUGCUAUGGCUGCUACAGGCACAGAUCCCACCUGUGCUCACACCCCAGUGACCCCCUGGAGCUGCUGGUCCCAGGUGAGGCUGAGAAGCCCUCCCUCCUGAGCCAGCAGGGCCCCAUCGUGGCCUCUGGACAGAGCCUGACCCUCCAGUGUCGCUCUGAUGGCGGCUAUGACAGAUUCGCUCUGCACAAGGAGGGGGGACGGGACCUCCCCCAGAGCCUCAUCCUGCAGCCCCAGGCUGGGCUCUCUCAGGCCCACUUCCCCCUGGACACUGUGAGCAGCUCCCACGGGGGCCGGUACAGAUGCUACGGUGGAUACAACCUCUCCUCUGAGUGGUCGGCCCCCAGUGACCCCCUGGACAUCCUGGUGGCAGGACACCUGCCUGACAGACCCUCCCUCUCGGUGCAGCCAGGCCCCAGGGUGGCCUCAGGGGAGAACGUGACGCUGCUGUGUCAGUCACAAGGCCCGAGGGACACGUUCCUUCUGUCCAAGGAGGGGGCAUCCGAUCCCCCCCUGCGUCUGAGAUCAGAGCACCGAGCUCAGCAGUUCCAGGCGGAGUUAUCCCUGGGUCCUGUGACCUCAGCCCACGGGGGCACCUACAGGUGCUACAGCUCACACAGCUCCUCCCCCUUCCUGCUGUCACGCCCCAGUGAGCCUCUAGCGCUCCUGGUCUCAGGUGAGGGCCCCUGA